CUAGUCGCUUAAAUUUUCUUUAGAUGACGCAUUGCUCGCGAGUGGUUCGCUACUAGGCUCGUGACCAGCCUGGCUUACCAGUCUAGUUCGCUACCAUGAAGUUUUGGUCAACUGUCGCGUUCGGUAUUCCCCGUACGUCUGCCGUCACUGGGUGAACAUCAUCGGCAAAACCGAGGUGAUCAACUCAGUGAGCUCACUACGACUACCAUGACCACUGUUCCGUCUGCAAGUCAGUGGGGAUCCCCUACUGCAAAUAGGAGAGCAUUCCUCAUACAUGGUUUGGAUUCGUCUUCGCACACGUUCCACCGUGUUGCAUCGACGCUUGCAGCCAAAGGAUACUUGGUCAUUGCUCCGAAUCUUCUUGGACAUGCUCUCAGGAAGCCUGGAGUUGACUUCAAAGUACAGACACUGGCAGAUGACCUCUUACCGUACCUUCAAGCUGCCGAGUAUGAUAUCGUCAUUGGCCACUCAAUGGGCGCGCUCGUGGUAUUAUCACUUCUCAAGUACCUGCCAAAAACUAAACAUACUUCGGUGGUUCUUAUCGACCCAUCUCUGGAAAUAGCUGCAGAGCGGAUGGUGGAUUGGAAAGUCAAGCUUUCCGACCAUAGCAGAACUAACCUCACCGCAGAAGAUUAUAUAGCAUUGAAUCCUCUAUGGACGAGAGAAGAUGCUAUCUGGAGAGUGUUAGGGACCCAGAUCGGAAGAUCAACCAACUCCGAUGAUCACAUCGAUGGUAACGUGCUGUGGUCAUUUUCGCAUCUGAUCGCCGACAAGCCUACUGCUGCUGCAUUGACGGUUCUGAUUGAAGAUCUGCGAUUUAAUGGCGCUUUGAAGCUGGAAACUGUCGCAAAAUUUAAAGACAUCAGAGCCGUGAUUGUUCCGAAUGCCUCGCACUGGAUACAGAAUGAAUUCCCCGAAGUGAUUGUUGAAGAGGCGCUAAGGAAUAUUGAAGAAUAAGACGAUGGUUAAUUAAAACUUCCAUGUUUCGACUACCAUUA